UCAUGACGUUUAACCUGUUUGGCUUCACGUUCGCGCAGAUGAAGUAACUUCAUAUCACGUAAUAAAAAGCACAACAGUCUCUUAAUUUAUCCGAUUUCGCUAAAUUAAAAUGUCUGUCUCACCUGGAUCCAUAAUCGUGUCGGAUUGGCAUCGCUGUCCAGACAGCAGGGAGUUUUUCAGCAGGAUACUGCACAAGAAGAGACGGCGAAAGUUUGGGCUCUUGGAAGCGCCAAUGAUGCCUCCUCAAAUGAAUGUGGAUAUCGUUCGCUACAAGGUCUUCAUCUCAGGGAAAACUGGGGUCGGGAAAAGCGCUCUUGCUGCCCGUCUCGCUGGCCUUGAUCUCCCCAAAAUGCACUAUGAGACCACAGGCAUAGAGACAACAGUGGUCUUCUGGCCUGUAAGACUAAAGGAGAGUGGACGUGUGUUGUUUUUCCGCUUUGAGCUUUGGGAUUGUGGGGAAAGUGCAAUACGAAGAUUUGACCACAUGUUACCGUCCUGUAAGGAACAGGUGGAUGCCAUCCUUUUCCUUUUCUCCUUCACUGAUCGUGGCUCCUUUGAUGAUCUUUCAAAUCAGAUAUCACGGAUCACAGAACCUUCGGAUCGAGUGGUUAAAUUGGUCGUUGGCACCAAAUUUGACUUAUUUAUGCACACAGAUGUGACAGAGAGCGACGUAACACAUUUUCAAGAGGUUUGGGGUCUUCCAGUCUUCCGAGUGGGAGGUGAUGUGAGUGAGGGGCUUGGUGAAGUAGCACCCCUCCUAAAUGGCCUUGCAGAAAACCUGUGGCACCAAGACUGUAUGGCUGCUUCAUCUGUGUCCAUCUCCACACAGGCUGCUCUCAGAGAAACAGACUCAGAGAUCAUUGUAUAGCUUCAAUCUCACAUGGAUUGGUCAUUCAUGGAUGGAAUAUUCUGCUAUGGAAACACUCUAAAUACCACUUACUAUUUUUCGGUUUCUAAAUGCUUAUAAUUUUAUUAGUCAUUUCAGUCAGUGACAAAUAUCUGUGAGUCAAGAAAUGGUGAACAAAAAUAUCAAAAUGUCACGAAAUGAGUUUUCUUGUAGUUUCAAGACAGUUGCAACAACAACAAAAAAAACAUUGGUAUGUGCAUAUAUUCAUGAACCUCAGAUUUAAGUCAAAAUGUAAAAAAACAAAUGAAAAUGUUAACAAUUGUUUUUGUUUAAUAACCCAAUUGAUUUAAUACUAUAAUUUAAAGAAGGAAACAGAUUAAAGUUUCUAAAAUGCUCAAAAAUACAUCCAAGCAUUAGGUUUUCACUUUGAAUGAAUCCAUGAUUGGCAAGUGUUUUGCUGUGUGCUUUUGGGCUUUAAUGCUCAACAAACCACCUUUCUCUAGAGAAGAUGCGACUGACAUUGGAUCCACAUCAGCCGGGAACUGACACUUAUGACAAACGGUGUCCACAAUUGUGCCAUCUGAUGCCAACUGAUUCAUCAAUGAGGGAAAAUGGAAAUUAAAUAAAAGAGAACUUCAGAACCAAAGAAUACAACAAUGAGUAAGAUACUAUGUAAAAAUAAAAAAUAUGAUAUUAAAUGCCCUUCAUUUUUUAAAAGAAAAUGUAUUUGAGAGAAAACUUGCUGUUAGAGUUUAUUUUGCUUACCUUUUCUGCACAGACUUGUAUUGAAUUAUUGGUGGAGGUUACUAUAACUUCUUCUGGUGCAAACUCGCUUACAUUCACUGUGAAUAUAUACAUAUCUCCAACAGUCCACAUUUCCCCCUUUGAAAAACAGAUUUUCAUUGUUAGUUCCUUAUUGAGUUCAUAGCAAUCAUAUGUUCAUUGUGUUAGAACAAAUUAAAAGUCUACAACAUAGUACAGAACUCACCUUUGAAUCAAUGCUUGACAUUGUAGAUUUGUUUGGUUGGAAAGAAAACAAAGAUAAGUGCACUUAAUCCAGCUCUUUAAUUCACUGAAAAAGAUUUUGUCUGCUUUGUAAUUGGUGAGUUUUGAUGCUCAUUUACGCAGUGUAAUUGUUUAGACCAGUGCAAUGCUUACUUUUAUACCAGUGGCUGCUUCUGGGGUUUUGGGUGAGGCUCGUAUGAUGUCAAUGUGCAGAAUGUAUCAUAUGAGAGAGAACAGAUUCAUCUUGUUGGAUGUUAAUAACUAAAAUUAAAUGUACUAUUGAUUGAUUUCAAAUAUAGGAUUUGAUCAUAGUUGAAAAUAUGAGACUCAACCUAGCAACAAAUACAGAUUAACACAACAGCAGCUAGAGAGCUGAUGUGAAAUUCCUGAUCCUCAUUACAGCUGUCAAAUCAAAACUUAAUUUAGUGUACGUCAUGGAAGAUUAAUAUUAAGCGUGUACAAUAAAUAAGACCCUUAACCCUCUAGCCCUCUGGUCAUUUUUGACCGAAAAAUUUGAUAUUUUGAAAUCUUUUGUCACGUUAGCAAUAUGAACACACACACAAAAAAAUCUUGGACAUGAACACAUAUAUAUACACAGAAAUGAACUGGUAAGACUGCAACAGAGCAAAUUUUGAAAAAAUUCACUGUAAUUGAAUAAAAUAUCAAUUAAUUACAAAAUGUUUGUAUAAAGUGUUUUGAAUUAUCAC